AUGUGUCGCUAUGCGUCUGGUAAUCCCGGCAGCGUGGCCAACAGCCAAGGCCGUAUUGUUCUUCCCACGAACCUGAAGCCCAUACACUAUGAUGUGACACUCGAGCCUGAUUUCGACAAGUUCACCUUUGAAGGCAGUGUUAUCAUCGACCUCGAUGUUGUGAAAGACAGCAAGACCAUCUCGCUCAAUACCGUCGACAUCAAGAUUCACUCUACGUCAGUACAUGCAGAUGGUGUUCUCGUCAACGACACCCCCACGUUGUCCUACGACAAGGACACACAGACAACAGUCAUUGAUCUGGGCAAGGAGCUGAAGGAGGGUCAGAAAGUGCAACUGAAACACACCUACACUGGAGAGCUCAAUGAUAACAUGGCCGGCUUCUACCGCUCCAAGAGGAAGGAUGGCAAGUAUCUGGCAGUCACACAAUUCGAGGCUACGGAUGCCAGACGGGCACUGCCUUGCUUCGACGAGCCUGCACUGAAGGCUGAGUUCACUGUUACGCUUGUCGCCGACGAGGGGAUGACCUGUCUUUCGAACAUGGACGAGGCUUCAACCACCACUGUAGACUCAAAGAUCACUGGUGCGAAGAGGAAGGCUGUCAAGUUCAAUCGAUCGCCGAAGAUGUCAACGUAUUUACUGGCAUUCAUCGUGGGCGAGCUCAAAUCUAUUUCGACUGACAAGUUCCGUCUGCCAAUCAAGGUCUGGAUGACACCAGAUCAAAAGGAAGAAGACGGUACUUUCUCACUCGAGGUCGCCGCCAAGACCCUGGCAUUCUACGAGAAGGCAUUCGAAGCACCAUAUCCAUUGCCAAAGAUGGACAUGGUUGCCAUCCCCGACUUCGCUGCGGGCGCCAUGGAGAAUUGGGGUCUCAUCACAUAUCGGGUUGUAGAUCUUCUCUUUGACCAGAAGACUUCCGGCGCUAGUACCCGGGAGAGGGUGGCUGAAGUCGUUCAGCAUGAGCUAGCACAUCAGUGGUUCGGUAACUUGGUCACCAUGGACUUUUGGGAUGGUCUGUGGCUCAACGAAGGCUUCGCCACCUGGAUGUCAUGGUACUCAUGCAACGAGUUCUACCCAGAAUGGAAGGUGUGGGAGACGUUCGUCAUCGACACACUGCAGGGCGCGCUCGGCCUCGAUGGUCUGCGAAGCUCGCAUCCAGUCGAAGUGCCUGUCCAUCGCGCUGAGGACAUCAACCAGAUCUUCGACAGUAUUUCGUACAGCAAAGGUUCUGCUAUUCUUCGAAUGAUCUCUAAGUACAUAGGGGAAGAGACCUUCAUCGACGGCGUUCGACGUUAUAUCAAAAAGCAUGCUUGGGGAAACACGCAGACCGGCGACCUGUGGGCUGCUCUGAGUGAAGCCAGCGGCAAAGAUAUCCCCAAAGUAAUGGACAUCUGGACCAAGAAGAUUGGCUAUCCUGUCAUCACCGUAUGGGAGAAUGCUUCAGAAGGCACAAUAACAGUCAAGCAGAAUCGAUUCCUGCGUACAGGAGACGUCAAGCCAGAAGAAGACGAGGUUCUCUAUCCUGUCAUUUUGGGUCUGAGGACCAAAGACGGCGUGGAUGAAGAGUUGAUUCUCACAGAACGCGAGCAGACCUUCAAGGUCAAGGGCGGACUCGACUUCUACAAGCUAAAUGCUGAUCAUUCUGCUCUGUUCCGCACGAACUAUUCACCAGAGCGACUGACGAAGCUCGGCGAGGCCGCUCAAGCGGGCAAAUUGACCACAGAAGACCGAGCUGGCAUGAUCGCCGAUGCCGGCGUGUUAGCUGCUUCUGGCUAUGGGAAGACAUCGGGCAUAUUGGCCCUAUUGGAGUCCUUCAGCACCGAAAAGCAGUUCCUUGUGUGGAACGAGAUCAUGACUAGGAUUAAUGCACUCAGGAACACGUGGAUGUUCGAAGAUGAGGCCGUCAAGGAUUCACUGAAAGCAUUCCAGCUGUCCUUGUGCUCAGCAAAGGCUCAUGAGCUCGGUUGGGAGUUCUCCGAGAACGAAGACCACAUUUUGAGUCAGUUCAAGGCUCUGAUGUUCGGCUCUGCAGGCCUGUCAGGCGACAAGAAGAUUGCGGCUGCUGCUCGGGAGAUGUUUGACAAGUACAAGAAGGGCGACUACGAAGCCGUUCAUCCCAAUUUGCGUGGCAGUAUAUUUGCCAUGUGUAUCAGAGAUGGUGAUGAAAGCGACUGGCAAGCCCUAUUGGACCGCUUCCACAAUGCUCCGACGGCGGAUGAACGCAACACUUGUCUUCGUGCAUUAGGUAGAACCAAGGACGAGCAGCUGAUCCAGAAGACGCUGGGCCUUGCUCUCGGCGGCCAAGUAAAGAUGCAGGAUAUCUACAUGCCAAUAGGUGGGUUGUCCUCGACCUCGAAGGGUGUCGAAGAUCGGUUUGACUGGAUGGUCAAGAAUUGGGAUGAAAUUGUCAAGAAGUUGCCGCCGUCGAUGAACAUGCUUAGCUCAGUUGUUGCUAUCUGCGUCAGUGGCUUCACGAAUGAAUCGCAGAAGGCGAAAGUGGUGGACUUCUUCAAGGACAAGGACAAGAAGGGCUAUGACCGCAGUCUGGAGCAGAGUCUCGACUCCAUUCAAGCUAAGAGCAAUUGGCUGAAUCGGGAUCGAGAGGAUGUUGAAGCCUGGCUGAAGCAAAAGGGCUACCUUGAGGGCAGCAAGCUGUAA